AUAAACACCAAAGUCUCAGUUAGACUAUGGACCAUGUGUUGAUCCAUAUGUCAUAUUUAUGUUUUAUAUAAAUAACCAUAUGUUUGAGUAUAGGUAUAUAGAUAGUAAUACACAUGUGGAUUGUUUUAUUUCUUUUAUUUAACACUGUUGGACAAAUAAUAAAAUAUUAAUUAAAAAAGGAAGAAAACAGUCAGUAAAUACCUGAAAGACACCAGCUGUGUCUUUAUGGCAACCCCAUGAAUUUCAUAGGGUUUUCUUAGGCAAGGAAUACUCAGAGGUUUCUUUCUUUCUUUAACCUUUAUUAAGCAUACAACAUCAUACAUUCACAAUACAAUUUCAGGAUCAUUGUUAUGAGACUUAAGCAAUAAAUUUAUUGCCUCUACCAGAAAAUUGACCAGUAACCUGGUACAGUAAUAUGCGGGUUCCGAUCUUCUAAUAAAUAUUCCACCAAUAACCUAUCCAAACCAAUAUUCAUUUUCAAUAACAUCCUUAAACAUUUUCCGCUAGGAAUUAUAUACAGUAGACCCUGUUUUCAUCAGAGGUAUUUUUGCCAGUUCCUUCGUCUGAAAAUCUAGCCUACAGCAUCUGAUGUUCAUUGGCUGUCUCCCAUCCAAGUACCAACCAGGACUGAACCUGCUUAGCUUCCAAGAACAGACAGGAUCCGAUGCUUUUGGGGUAUUUAUUGUAUUAUAAAAGCAAGCUUGCUUUUGUUCAUUGUUAGAUUACAAAACUAAAAGAAUUAGUUAAAGGUAGGGUUCCAGCUCACUCUGGAAAUAAGGUGGAAAAAAGUUGCUUUUAGAAAGCAAUUUUUCUCCCCAGCCAAUUUUAAUUCUGUCUCUUCAGAGGUUCGCAUAAUUGAGAUAUUAACUGAGAUGCCAAUGAUCGUUUGAUUUAGAUUGUGUUCUUACUCAAACAAGCAAACAAUUGCUAUUAAAACCAGAGCUCAAAUAUCUAAAAAUCACAGAUCUAAACCCCACCGUUCAUAUGUGUUUAAAAUUGCAAACUUCUGCUAAAACACAACAAAAGCGAUCUGUGUGGCAGCUGUCAAAAGGCUUGCUAAACACUUUUUGUGUUAUCCGAAAGCUAGUACAAAUGUUUUAAAGGCAUAAUGUGUGAGAAAUAACUGAAUCUGAUGAAAUGUUUACAUCAAAGUAAUUGAAGGGAAUGGGAAGGCACUGUGAAGUCUGUUGUAAUAAACACAGCUAUGUGUUGUGGCAUGUUAAAACAGAUUAUUCCUUUUGCGGCCCAGAGUUCACUUGUGAAAUGCAUCCUUCUCAUCUGAUGCCUGCUUGAUAUUUCGGACUGCAGUACCCAUCAGGCUCAGCUAGCAUGGCCAAUGGUCAGAAAUAAUUAUGAACCUAUAGAAAAUACUGGGGCAAGCGAUGAAGGUUCUCCUACUUGGAGCCCUCCAGUUAUAUUGGGCUGCAACUCCCGUCAUUCCCCAGUGUGUGUGGACUUGGAUUGGGCUGACAUACACAUAUGCAGACCUCCCCCCCCCCCCCCCCCAGUACUGGCUGGGAACGGUGGGAGUGGGGAUCCAUCACACCAGGAGGGUGCCAGGUUGAGGAAGACUGUUUUAUUCAGUACGAGUACAUAAAGCAGUCAGAUAAGUGCGGGUAUUUGAGUACGAGGAGAAAGAGACACAGCAUGGGACUGAAAAUGGGCAGCAGGUAUAUGUUUUAGUAUUCUGCAGAGUGUAACCUGAAUACCAGAUCCAGAUGCAUAAAAGCGACUGUCUUGUGUGCACCAAAUUGGAAAGUAUGUCCCAUUGAAUUCACCAUGGCUUACUGUAUAUACUCAUGUAUAAAUCUAGAAAUUUAGGUCAAAAAAUUGAGCCAAACAACCCGAGUCAACUUAUGUAAGUACUGUAUCUUGUUAUUUAAAAGAAGAAACUAUCCCUUGGUGAAAAGCAAGAGUAAAUCUGCCUUGAUCCCCCCUAUUCUCUCAUCCAGCCUUAAAAGUAAACACAAAGAGUUAUAUCUGCUGGAAUUUUGUAAAAUCUUUGACAUUGUUUUACUUUGCUUCAUCUUUUAGAUCUUUUGCUAUAUGCCCCUAAAUUUUACUCUUGACUUAUCCACAGGUCAUAGCAAAAUCCAUAAUUUUGGCCCCAAAACUUGCACUUGACUUAUACAUGACGUCAACGUAUAGAUGUAUAUGUACGAUACUUCCAAGAAAGCUAGCACUGAAUUUUGUUGAAAGAAUUUGUGAUGCAGAACAUUAAUUUGCUUUCCCUUACGUCCCAUAAUAAAAUGGUUACUGUGAAAGUGAAGGGAUGGGGACAUAGCCUGUAAUCUGGUGACUUUAUUUACCUUAAAUACUAAUAGAAAUUGUAAUAGUAUUACUACUACUACUAUUACUACUAUUACUACUAAUAAUAAUAGUAAUAAUAAUGAUGAUGAUGAUGAUAAUUUCUUAACCACCUCUCCCCAUGGAUCAAGGCAAGGAACAACAAUAGAUUAAUUACAACAUCAGUUUAAAACACACAACAUCAAUUUAAAAGAGCAAAUAAAACAGCUACAUAUUAGGACAAUGAAUUAAUCUUUCAAAAUUUAUAAUUUAAAAUUAAAAUGAUGGCUAGAUAAUUCUGGGUUUAGAACUGUGAGUUGAUCCAUGAAUUGAAUGCUUGCAGACGGUAGCAAGAAGAACCCGUAUAUUCUUUAAAAUUAGUCUGUGAGGAAGUAAGAUAUCACUACAGGAUUUACGAUGUGAACUUGGAUCAGUGACGCAAACAAUUACGGUAUUUGCUUCCAGAUAGCUGUGACACUGUAGACUUCAGAACAAGAUAGCUCUUUGCCAGCAAAUGGAGUGGUGGAGACAAGUGGAUCCCAUUGUUCCCUGUGUAAUUUAAAACAUUGCCUCAUGUGAACAAUCUGGAAAGAGAAUGUAUGAAUAAGCCACAAUGGAAAGAGCAAAUGGUGCUAGUCUGCAGCUCCAACCACUUGCCACCGAACCUGUACCUCUGCAGGCCCAUGAGGAUGCCUUCUCUUACAAGGAAAACCUGAUCGGUGCGUUGCUGGCUAUUUUUGGGCAUCUUGUGAUCAGCAUUGCACUCAACCUCCAGAAGUACAGCCAUAUCCAGCUAGUGGGUUGUAAAGAGCACCGUACAUACUUCAGAACCAAGACCUGGUGGUGCGGCCUCUUCUUGCUGUUCCUGGGGGAGCUGGGGGUCUUUUCUGCCUAUGCCUUUGCGCCCCUUUCCCUGAUUGUUCCCCUGGGUGCUGUGUCGGUUAUAGCAAGUGCAAUCAUUGGAGUAAUAUUCAUUAAGGAAAAAUGGAAGCCCAAAGACUUUUUGAGGCGCUAUGUUUUGUCCUUUGUAGGCUGUGGCUUGGCCAUUGUUGGGACGUACCUGCUGAUAACCUUUGGGCCUAACAGUCAUGAGACCAUGACGGGAGAGAACAUCACUAAGCAUUUAGUCAGCUGGCCGUUUCUUUUGUAUAUGCUGGUGGAGAUCAUCCUUUUCUGUCUACUACUGUAUUUCUACAAAGAGAAGAAAGCUAAUUAUAUAGUUGUGAUUUUGCUGCUGGUAGCACUCCUGGGUUCCAUGACGGUUAUCACAGUGAAGGCUGUGGCAGGCAUGAUUGUGGUUUCUCUACGGGGGAAUUUGCAGCUGGGCUACCCUAUUUUCUACAUCAUGGUGGUUUGCAUGGUGGCGACAGCAGCCUUUCAGGCCACGUUUUUAACCCAAGCUUCACAGCUGUAUGAUGCAUCACAGAUUGCCAGUGUGGGUUACAUCUUGUCCACUGCAAUAGCAAUCAUUGCAGGUGCAACAUUUUACUUGGACUUCAUUGGGGAAGACAUACUCCAUAUUUGCAUGUUUGCCUUGGGGUGCCUCAUUGCAUUCUUGGGUGUCUUUUUGAUCACUAGAAACAAAAGGAAAUCAAUCUUUUUUGAACCCUACAUCUCCAUGGAUGCUAUGCCAGGCAUGCAGAAUUUGCACGACAACGGAACAGCAGUUCAGCCUGAUCUCAAGACUUCCUUUUCCUAUGGCGCCCUGGAGAGCAAUGACACCAUCUCAGAGAUCUAUGCUCCUGCCACGUUGACAAUUGUCCAAGAAGAACAUGGCUCCAAAGGAGCACCUGUGCCUCUAUACAAAGUCAUGGAGCACAGCAAAAGGGAGUGAAUGUCCUUGAGGACUGGCAUAAUGGGUCCACAUGUGUGGUCAAUCUUAUUUAUUUAUUUCUCUCUCUUUCUUUCAUUUCACUAAAAGGUCAUCUGAAAUGUGGUUAAAAUUAAUACAAAUUAUAGCUUUAAAGACCAAACUGCAGUUGAUCAACUGUAUACCAAAAGCUAAGCUAAACUGUUCCAUGAUGCCUACAGUCUCAUCAGAUGAAAUGCAUAGGGAAUUACAUGGUCUGUAGUAUUGCUUACAAAAUAACAGACACCAAAGGAUGAGUUUAGCCUUUCUGUUAUGAUAAAGCACUCCCUAUGGAGCCAGUUAGCACAUGUCUUCUUAGACCAACCUUUUCCCAACCCAGCUCUUUCCAGAUGUCUUGCACUUCAGAUCUCAUUUUCUCCUGUCCACACGUUGCUGGUUGGGGUUAUAGAUAUUAUAAAUGACACAUUACCUGGAGGGCAACAGGGAUGGAAGCUAUAGUUCAGCACGUAGGGAGAGGGGAUCAGAAUGAGGCAGUCUUGAGUAAAUUGCAUAGAGUAUAGGCAGGGCUUUGGGUUCAGGCCCACUCCUCACUAUAUAUAUCUAUAUGUAUAUGUAUAUAUGUAUGGAGCAGUAGAUUCCUGUUUAAAUGGGCCAGAGUGUGUUGGCUGUAGUACUAAUCAUCCCCAACUAGCAUGAUUUAACUACCACUUUGUAGUGCAUAGAAAGAACUUACAAUGUCAUAAGAUUUGAAGAUGUCAAAUAAGACUAAAUAUUCUCCCACAGCAUCCACCUGCUUUCCAAUAUUUAAUCUAAUAUUAUAGCAGUUCAGAUCUUUCCUUAAAAGAACAGCAUUAUUUUAACUCUGUUCUUACCUGGCCACCUUUACUGCAAGACUGACUGCCAGUGUUUUUAAAUGGUAGCUUAAUUACCUAGGAUUUCUCAAGUCUCCAAUGUAGCAAUGAUCAGUGUUCUUUCAGUGCACCCAUGUAUUGAAAUGAAAUGGAUUAAUAUUUUCCAAGAAAUGUUUAGUUAGCUUUCUUUAGACCCAAAUUUAAUGUUUUUCCAUUUUCUUUUGCCACAGCCAUCCUGAGAAGAUGUAAUUCAUUUUAGUGCUGUAAUGGAACAUACUGUAGGAUUUGUCUUCUCUGUACAUACUAUAUUUUCUUUUCCCAUAGAAAUCUCCUGUUUCCAGGUUGGAAGUAGGAGAGAUAAAUUUUAAAUAAAAUCCAUACUUUGGUUGUUUA